UGGUGGUAGGAGAAAUGUGAGUUUGUCAAAGAGAGUGGAAGAGGAGAGUAGGAGGAGUUCGGGUGCUGAAAAGAGAAAUGUGGAUAUACAUUAUAUCUUCUGCUUAAGUGGCUGGUGGCUUUUGUUAGUGUUUUAUGUACUUGGAGUGCAUCAAGUCUAAAAAAAAAAAAAUCAUGGGCUGAAAAAGGACAAGUGGUUUGUUAUUCAUGUAUGCUUUUCUAUGGAUAUAUUUUUCAUAAUCUUAUCUAUUACUCACUCAUUUACUAACAAUUGUAUGUUAUUCAUGUGCAAGAUGGUGAUCGUGGGGAAGAGGAAGGACCGAGCCACUAAGGCCAGUGCUUUGAUGGAGUAUAUACGAAAGAGCGUCGGCUCAGCUAGCAGUAGCAGCCACCCUUCCCCCAUGCCGGCUGAGACAGUACCACCAGGGGCUCCCCUCUUGAUCGUGCGGUCCUCUACCGUUGACACUAGUUCAACGGGAUCUCCAUCAUCUACACCGACACCCGAAUCUGCAAGACGCAUCGUCGGCAGCGCUCGUUUGAAAGUUAGAAGCCUAACAGCUCCGGCCCCGAAAAAGAAGCGGGGUUUAUGUUCUGAAAAAAAGGCGGAGGAUAUCGUUGCACAAACGGGGCAGAAGAUCAAGCUGCAGUAUUGCCCCCGUGUAAAAGACCCUAGCGUGAGGGGGGAUAAACAGCUUGGUGGCGCAUGAUAUCAGUUCUGCCAUACGGAGUCUGGUGGGAAUGAGGGCAAGGAUGUUCUACGACCUUGAUCAGGAGGAGAAGUGGAAGGUGUGGAAUGCACUGUCACCGAAGUACGAGUGGGAUGAAAAUGAUGAGCCAAUGUUCGAUUGGAUACUGAAGAGGGCACAAGAGAGGUACAAGGACUGGAAGUACCAGUGUCACAAAGCUUAUCUGAAGGAAGGGCCCUCUGGCAUGCCUUCAGAUUUCAUUGGGAGAGAGGACCAGUGGGAGUUUCUAUGCGAGCACUUUGAAUUAGAUGCGUUCAAGAGACUCUCCUUGGCAAACAAGCGGAACCGUGGGGAGAAGACUAUGCACCACCACACAGGGUCUUCUCUUAUCACCUACACAAUGGAGGAACUCAAAAUACAAGGCGAGCAGCUUCCAAUAAUCAAAGGUUUUGAGAAUACCUAUGUCAGGGCCGGUGAUGAAGUUACGACCAAGCAUUAUAAUGACAUGGUUGAUGAGGUCAAUAAACGAAAUGAUGCAUUUAAGGAACAACACCCUGACGCGACGGAGGAGGAUAUUAUGGAAAGUGUUCAGUCCUAACAAAUUGAGGUGUUGGGUACGGUGCUUAAAACUCGGAAAGGAAAGGAGAUCAGAGGGAUGGGAUGAGGAGGCAAGCGAGACUUGAGCCAUUCUUCAAAUGGUUCCAUUUCACGUAGUCGUCCUAGAGUUGAUGAGCAGCAACUCCAAGAGAUGCAGGAGCGCUAUGAGCGGAGACUAAAGGAAUCAGAGGAGCGUGCCCAACAACAAUUGCAAGAGGUCCAGCAGCGUGCCCUGCGUGCGGAGUCUAUGUAUAACGCUGUGCAGUCCCAAUUUGCAGCCAUAUAUGAGCGCCUAGGUAUGCCACCUCCUCCUCCUCCAGUUGUUUCUCCUCCUCCAUAUGUUUCCCCACAAAACAAUGAUGAUAGAGGCGACAACUAUGAAUUGGACAAUAGUGCCCCUUGGAAUUAUUGAUUUUGUAGUACUUCAAUCAUAGUUUAGCUAGAUUGUAUGAACAAUUUUCUACCUAUAGCUAGUUCAUUAAUUAUUUUGUAUAUAUAUUUGCAAAUAUUUGUCCAUCUAGUUAUCAUGAUCAAUAUA